UUGUUUGUCAUGGUUCGUGGCCUGACCUCAAAUCGACGGAAGAUCGUCCAUUUGCAUAAGGAUUUUGUGCGGCGUGUCGCGUAAAAUGUUUCUGAUUCUGUAGCUCUGCCGGACCUCACUCUGGUCAAACAAGAGGAAGACGAAGGCGGCAGCAACUCAUACUCCAUAGCCGCACAGAGAGAGAGAGAGAGAGAGAGAGAGAGAGAGAGAGAGAGAGAUGGGUCUUAAGUCGUUCGUGGAGGUCUCGGCUGAUUCCCACUUCCCUCUGGAGAACUUACCUUACGGUGUCUUCCGAUCGAAAGCGGCGGGUGGCAGCAAUCCUUCACCGGGAGUGGCUAUCGGUGACUUUGUUCUCAAUCUAACCGUCAUUGCCUCCGCGGGUCUCUUCGACGGGCCCUUGCUCAAGAACUCUCAAUGCUUCAACCAGCCUUCUCUUAAUGUAUUCCUGGAGAUGGGACGGCCUGCUUGGAAGGAGGCACGUGCAACCAUCCAGAGGAUCUUGUCUGAUAAUGAGCCAAUCUUACGUGACAAUAUAAGUUUGAGGAACAAGUCCCUGCUACCAAUGAAUGAGGUGGAGAUGCUUCUACCAGUUGUAAUUGGAGACUAUACAGAUUUUUUCUGCUCCAUGUAUCAUACUAAAAACUGUGGAACCAUAUUUCGAGGGCCGGAGAACCCUAUUAUGCCUAACUGGUUUCACCUUCCUGUUGCUUAUCAUGGGCGGGCUUCGUCUGUGGUUAUUUCUGGGACAAAUAUUACUCGUCCAAGAGGUCAAGGUCAUCCAACAGGCAGUUCACUCCCUUACUUUGGGCCCACAAAGAAACUGGAUUUUGAACUUGAAAUGGCCGCUAUUGUUGGUCCAGGCAAUCAGUUAGGCAAAAAUAUUAAUGUUAACGAGGCAUAUGAUCACAUUUUUGGACUCGUGCUUAUGAAUGACUGGAGUGCCAGGGAUAUCCAAGCAUGGGAAUAUGUCCCCCUCGGGCCUUUUCUCGGAAAGAGCUUUGGUACAACAAUUUCUCCUUGGAUUGUGACCCUUGAGGCUCUAGAACCUUUUGCUUGUGAUCCCCCAAAGCAGGAUCCUCAUCCGUUGCCAUAUUUAGCUGAAAAGAAGCAUAUAAAUUAUGACAUUCCUUUGGAGGUCUGGAUCAAACCUGCAGGGCAAGAACAAGCAACAGUAAUUACAAGGAGUAACUUCAAACAUCUGUACUGGACAAUCACGCAACAACUAGCGCACCACACCAUAAAUGGCUGUAAUUUAAGAUCUGGUGAUCUUCUUGGCACUGGAACAAUAAGCGGACCUGACCGAGAUUCUCUUGGCUGCUUGCUAGAGCUAACCUGGAAUGGACAAAACCAGCUUAGCUUAAACGGCUCAGCUCGGAGUUUCUUGGAAGAUGGGGAUGAAAUCAUUAUUACCGGGCGCUGUGAGGGGAAAGACUAUAAAAUAGGCUUCGGCAAAUGCACUGGUAAAAUACUCCCAGCAAUCCCUGAAGAUCAAUGAUACCAAAACCUUCUCAGUCUUCAUCUGUUCCUUCUCAAUGCAGUGAGGUUCUUAACCCCACCAUCACAUGCUUUUAAUGAAUAAUAUACAUUAUCGUUAGUACUUUUCUUCUGCAACUCAAAAAAAAAUAUUUGUUCACAAAAAUAUGAGCAUGGCAUGAUGGAAACGGCUUAUUAAUAAAAUAACACAUUUUAGCAAAAUAUUUGAACUCAA